UUGGUCAAACUGCUCAAAGUUUGCCGAGAGAUUGGAGCUUGCAAUUCAGAUGUACGUCGCUCGGCAUGGUGAGGGUAGUACGCACCUUUCACUGGAGUCAGAGGGAAAAACAGGGAGAAGGGAGCUGCAGCGUAAAGAGUAAAGGACACAACAUUCUUAGGAAAACUCUCCUUUUUCUUUCCUUUUCCUUGCUCCUUCCCUUCCAGAUCUCCGUGGUGGCAGUUUGUGCUGCCUCACCUCCAGCACAGCGUGCAGAAUGAAACGACUGUCGCAGAAUUCAUCCUCCUGGGGUUCUGCAGCACCCCAGCCCUGCAGCGCUGCCUCUUUGGCCUUUUCUCUGCCCUCUGCUCUGCCACUCGGAUGGGAAACGCACUUGUCUUUCUGCUUAUCUGCCUGGACUACUGCCUCCACAGCCCCAUGUACUUCUUCCUCUGCCACCUCUCCAUCGUGGACAUCUGCUACGCCUCCAGCAAUGUCCCCCAUAUGCUAAGGAGCCUCCUUGGACAAGGCAGAACCAUCUCCUUUGCUGGGUGUGGGGCACAGAUCCAUCUUUAUUUAAUCUUUGCACUUACAGAGUGCGUGCUGCUGGCCGUGAUGUCUUCUGUUCGCUACGUGGCAAUCUGCCGUCCCCUCCGCUGUGCCCUCAUCACGAUCUGGAGGCUGUGCCUCACCCUUGCCACAGUUCCGUGGGCUUUGGCGUUCGUAUUUGGUACACUGCGAGCCUCUCUGGCUUUACACCUGCCUUUCUGUGGCCCCUGUGAGGUUGUCCACUUCUCCUGUGAAAUUCUUGCUGUCUUAAAGCUGGCCUGCGCUGCCGCUAGUGCCGAUAAAGUCCUGAUCUUUGCUGUUUGUGUGUGCUUCUUCCUCUUCCCUUUAGCCUUAUUCCUGCUUUCCUCCCUGGACAUCGUGGCCACCGUUCUGUGCAUCCGCUCUGCGCCAGGAUGGCACAAAACCUUCUCCACCUGUGGCUCCCACCCGACCAUGGUGGGUGUCUUUUAUGGAAACGCCAUCUUCAUGUACGUGGGGCCCGGGAGCGGUAACUCACCUGGGAGGGAGAAAGUUCUUUCCCUUUUCUACAGUCUCGUCAGCCCCAGUGUGAACCCCGUCAUUUACAGUGGGAGGAACAAGCAGGUGAAGGAAGCCUUGCUGAAGCUUCAGAGAAGGAAGAGGGUCUUUCAUUCCGUCUAGCUGGGGCUCUAGGCUUUCACCUGUCUCCUGUCUUUCUGCUCUUUCUUCUUGAGCUCUUGGGGUAUUUCUCACGGAGUGUUAAGUGGUUAAAACGUAACACAAGACGUGGUUAUUCAAAUGCAUUUGUCUCUUGUUUCUCUGUGCGGUCUGAUGAAUAUCGUGACACAAAAUGACUCAUUGUUACUCCUUGUAUUGCAGAUAACUA